GACAGUUCCCGAGACCGGCUUCUCGCGCGGGCUCGUUUCACAUGCGUAUCCGGUCAAUAUUUUUCUCGUUUAACAUAUCAUAGCCUCGGCAGGUGGCUACCCCUACACGCUUGAAGAAUUUCUGUUGUCACCUAGUGACUUAAAAUUGGACUACCGAACUACCCGGCUUGCACUGUUGUAGCGAAAAACAUUUACUGUGGGCAAAACCGUCUGCAAAGAAAAUGUUCAGUUUUCAUAAGCCCAAGAUUUACAGGAGUGUGAACGGUUGCUGCAUAUGCCGUGCAAAGUCGUCCAGCUCUCGCUUCACAGACAGUAAAAAGUAUGAGGCAGAGUUUGAGAAGUGUUUCCGGAUCGGUGAGGGCAGGGCAGGUGAGAUCUGCAAUGCUUGUGUCCUCUUGGUGAAACGAUGGAAGAAAUUACCCACUGGCACAAACAGACAUUGGCACCAUGUCGUAGAUGCCAGAGCUGGACCAGGAACCAAAUCUACCUUAAAACUGAAGACCCGGCCAUUCCAGAAACACAAACACCGCUCUCUGAAGAAGCGAAGAGCUGGUUUAGAGAUGCAGGUUGACCGAAUCCCCAGCCCGCGCCAACUGCAAACUGACCUGUCUGCUUUCGAGGAAAGUUUGGACAGGACGGAUGGUUUUUCCUACAGCAACUCCUCAACACGAAGCCCGAGUAUCAGCGAUGACUCUGACAACGAGGACAGUCAGGAUAUACCCAGUAAACAUUCCCAGCGUAAAACCCUCAAGCGAGCUACCAAAGCACAAAUCAGUCCAUUUUUGGACCUCACCUAUUGGAAGAAGACAGAGGUGUGUUGCGGGAUCAUCUUCAAGGGCCUGAAUGAUGAGGUGUUGGUGGACCCCCAGUUGCUUAGCCCCUGCUGGGCGUGUCGCCAGGGUAAGCUUUCAGGCCCCAACUCUAUGAAGAGGUCGCAAUCCACUGACACAGAGAGUGUCAGUAACCUGAGCUAUCCUGAACAGGAUGACCUUGACGCAGAUGCUGACCUUGAUGCAGAUGCUGACCUUGAUGCAGAUCCAGAAGAUGACCUUGAUGAUGAUGGCCCGGGUCAAGUUUCAAACCCGUUCUCGAUGUCAAAUCUCCAGUGUGGCACCCAGCAGAUGGAGUCAUUACAACAACAACGAGUAAUAUCGAUGGAAUGUUAAGAAUGUCUAGGAAAUAAAUCCAGUAUAGAAAUGGAGAGAGCUAUCAACUACACAGGUGCGAGAUAUAUAUAUAUACAUAUAUAUUUUUGGCUGUCAACAAAAUGUUUUCCAAAGUCACACAGACUAAGGUUUGAGGCAGCUCUAUUUCAUAUCCACAACCGCUACAUUAACCAUCAUGACCAGUUUACCGUGUGCAGUCUAACUGAUUAGGUGUACCAUCCAUACACUCUACACAUGUGCACAUGCCCAGUGUGACUGGUAUGUUGCCACUUAAACCCAAACAGAAGUGUUAUUCUUGCCAUUGCCAGACAAUCUCAGAACAUGUUCUUAACAGAACUCAAUCGCCACAAUUCCCCGCCGCAAGGGGCAGAUUCAAUUUACACUCAGAUGAUCUGAUCUUAUUUAUUUUCCUGUGGUCUGGGCACAGAUAGAGAGAGAAUACAGGUGUCAAGUUUGAUGACUUCUGUACCCUCCACACUAAUCAGGGGACAAGGCAUGACUCGGCUGCCCCUGGAGUCAGCAGAUCUGAAUUUUCAUCCCAUCUUAAAGCUUUGGUAUCAAAUAUUGCUCAAACUAAGUCACUUUUGUUAUUAAUGCUAAAUUUUUAACUACAUGUUUUUCUGUAGACACUUGAUGCAUUUCAUAUCAGUUUGAAACUGUGCAUUUUCGUCAAUGAUUCAUGUAUAUAUAUUUUGUCAUGAAAUUUUUACUUGGAAAUUUCAAUGUUUGUAUGUAAUAGUGAAAACAGCAUGUACUAGAGUUAAUGAUGACAUUUUGCAUGCGCCAACUGCCAUUGUUUCUGUAAUAAGAGAUUUUGUACUGUUAGAAAUUUGUAAAGGUUGUCACAUCGUCAAACAUUGUAGUAACUUAUUUAAUUAUUGCCUUGAGCAUAACAUGAACAUUAAUUACACAAAGAAGUAGUUAGGUGUAGUAAUUGACAAUGGUAUGUACAGUGAUAAUUAGGUAGUAAGAUGUGAAACUGCUGUUUAAGUUUCAGUAUUGGGCACAAGGAGAUGCUGCUUUGGUUGUAUCAUAUCACAUGUUAAUGAUGGCCUUACAAACACAACAGUUCCCUCAAGUUGUGUUCUAAUAUACUCAGGCAGGUGUAAGAGAAAGCGCACCAAUAAUGUAUCCAGGACACCUGAACAAGCUUGUGUGCAACAUUGCAAAGAAAUCAUGGAUGCAUCUUUACUGGUAGGCCACAGCCUGCAGCAAGUACAUUUGUCUGUCUGAGGGUGUUAAGCUGUGUACACCCGAGGGACAAAACAGGUUUCCUGCUCAGGAAGAAAUCUUGUGAACGGGAACUUUAAAACGUAUGACCAGGUAUCUUCCUAACUAUGCUAAUUAGUGUUGAUAUUUUUCAAAACAUGUAUGGUGUACUUGGCCAGGAUAACCAUGUUUGUGAGAAUUAAAAAACGUUUUUCAUUAAUUCAGUGGAUGAGAAGUUAUAACCCCAUGUUCCGGUAUCUCUCAUCAAUUGUGAACAUCAGUAUUUGAUCAAAUAGUCUGAAAAAGCUUUGAAACAAACACAUGAUCAACCAGACUGCUCCAUGAGAAUGCCCAUAACUCAUUUUGACACCUCAGUUCUCUGGAGCAGACUGCGAGAAAAUUUUUCAUACAGUGAUGAUGGUUUAGUUGUGUAUGGCUGGGCAUCUGAAACGCCCUCCCCUACCACCCCCUUGCCCCCCACCCCGCAAGGCCUUCAAGUGAUGGGCUCAAGGCCUGCGGGGACACAGAAAUGAGGUUAUAAUAAUGGUCACAUGAAAGUAAUUUGUUUUUACGCUGUUAGUUUUUUUUUCUGACAAUUUUUUACAGCUGACUUAUUAAUUAUACAGCUUAUCAUCAGACUUUUGCCAGAGAAUCAUAGAGGUACAUGUACAUCGUCCGUGCAUUUUUUCAUUGUCAUUAGUUGGUAUUCAUAGUGAUGUUAAUUGUCCUAUAGCAGAUCAAGUUUUGGUACUUGAAGGGAAUGCGAAUCUGAUUUAAAGAAUGAGUUUAUAUCUAGGUUCUUCAGUAUAGGAGAAAGAUUAGAAACGUGAAAUUUAUCUUGGAUGUACUUUGGCCUCUGUUCAGGUUUGUAAAGUAUUUGGUCACAUAUUGCACCUAACAUUUGUAGGAAGUUUAUAGUUUAUUUUUGUGAACUAGGUAUUGGUUCAUCUCUGGAUAUUUUCUUAGAGAAUGUUUCAAUGUAUAAUUUGUUAGUUACAUGUACUUUUUGUUUGGACUCAGAGCAAUGUGUUAUUAUUGUUAUUGUUUAUUGUGUCAAUUUGCAUUGAAUAUUCUGUUGUUAUAAAAUGGAGUCAAAGAGAGCCUCUAUUUGGGCCUGUUGGCAAUAUGGCCAGAUAUUAUUUAUACAUGAUAUAUUUAACUUAGUCAUCUUGUAUAGUGUAGACCUACAUGUACAUGUAUUAAUUUUGAUGUCAUGGAUGUUCAAUUUGACCAGCUCUUCCCACCGUUAACUACGUGUAACUAAAACAGAGUUAAUUGUACUAAUUAAUACUCAUUGAGCUCAGCCAACAAUAGGCCUUGACAUAGGUGUGUACAUUCUGUGGUAAGUUUUUGGUGUAAUACUAAGUUUUGUUUUGUGUUCUAUUUUCUGAACCACAAAAUUUCCAACUGCACAUGGGUAGGAUACACACUAGUUAUGCGCUCCCAAGUUGAUGGCUGAUGCUCACUGUUUUCUACUUACUGUUAAAAGUGAAUUUGUACAUACAUAACUCUUUUAUCCUACAUGUACACUCCCUAGUAUCACCUAAUUUAUUACUGGUAUAUAUUUAUUCUACAUAAUAUCAAGAGGCUCUUUUGAAUGCUUUAAUGUAUACAUGUACGUGUUCUCCGUACACUAAGGGGUUAAGUGUGGAUUACAUGUGGACGGACUACAUGUAGGCUGGUACAGAAGUGUAUGUAGACAGUUUUCCAAAGAUCUCAUAUGCUGUACUCUGUGUGUUGUUUGUAUCAGUGAAACCCUAGUUUCGUAUUUGCAAGUGUAACAUGGUCACUGUCUUAAUCAGAAGAGAGCAGUGACGAUAAUAAUUAGCUGCCCUUUAGUAGUCCAAACCAUCUUUAAACCCGUUAAGUGCCUGUCCAUUUCUGGACCAUGCAACAAUACCUGGCAAUUGUGAAGUCGCAGAGUCCUUUAAUCUGGGCAAGUCAUUCCAUUCAAUCUUCCACAUAAUUGGCGCUCAGAUCACAUGGUUUGUCUGAAUGAACAAAAUCACACAUGAACUUCAGAACUGCCUUUGUGACUUAACAUUUCUCCGUCGUUUCGUUUCGACGAUACAUGUAUUACGAUGUAAACUGAAUGGUGCUUAACCAAUUGUCUGAUAAAGACUUGUCUUGUCAGGGUGCAAUGUAUACGAGUCAUAAGCCUCGUGAAUGAGCGAGAUGUCUGAGAGUGUCAACGCUGCUGAUUACUGUCAGGCCUGGGGUGGGGAGUCUGUGGAGAAUUGUAGGUUAGAGCUGGUAUUGUUGUCUUGCUUGUUUGUAUAAAAUGAUGCUGUAUUUGUACUGUGAUGAGACCGGAAUGUACCUCACAUUGGUUGGGAUGAACAGGUCUCCUGUCACGUAACUAAAACAUACAGAAUUCAGUCAGUUUCAACAGAUUCCACUAUGAAUUGGAUCACUCAUUUGUUUUAGCCAUUCUUGCAACACAGUUGCCCAAACAGAUUAGUCAUUUGUAGUUGAAUGUUAUUUGCCAAGCAAGUAUACAUGUAUUCCAAGAUGUUCCCAAUACAUGUAGCUCUGUUCCAUUAAUGUUAAUAUAAUCCUAUGAAAGCAAAUCAACUGCAUAACUACUGCUCAGUUUUUGAGAGUAGAUACUAAUCAAAAUGCAAUACAUUUCAGGUCAUGAAAAUGAAGUAUUCACUUUCAUUGAAGGAGAUUUCUUCAGGUUACUGAUCAGAUCUUCUAAUUAAAAUACGCUCAAAUACAGAUAUUGGAGUUAAUGAAAACAGACAUUGGAGUUAAUUACAGCAGAUUAUUUUAUCUAUUCUUUGAUAAGAGGCACUAUUAAAGACAGCAUGUAGUUGUACCUUUUGACAUGAAGACUGGAAAACCAGGUAGAUGUAAGAUACGUCAGAUUACGUUUCUCGUCAUCAGACUAAUGCCAAAAGGAGUUCGACCAACAGCAUAGUUUAUGAUUUGAAUCCAAGGGAAAAAAAAUAUAAAUAUUUAAAUAUCAAUCUGUUCUAAUCAUGCUUGUCAAUAUGCAUUUGUAUGUUCCUUGAAAUGUUACGCCUAUUCUGUCAUGUAUUCAGAUGCAAGAAAAGAACAGCCUUUAUGCAAAUGUAUCCGAAACUUAUUGACCUAGUCAAGCUCAUUGGAUAACCAGCAUAUAGUCCUUGUUGUAACACCACAUCAAGUACUUCACAAUGGAAUCUGACAGAAGCUGUGGUGUGUGUAGAGAGGGGUUUACCACCGCAUAGAAACAUACAGUACUUACAUCAUAGGUCGCUAGUCUUCCCUGCUUUGGAUGUGGAUUUAUAAAAGAAUCUCAAGCCUCUUUUUGACAUUAUUUAUGUCAGUCAUAGUUAUCUAUUUGUAACUGAUGUUUAGUGUGUAGAGUGGAGUCUAGUAUAACAGCAUAGUAAACUGUAAUAGUCUUCUGUCAUUCCUUUCUAAUGUGCUUUGUACAAUCAUGUCCAUGGAGCUUCCAACACAACGAAUUCUGUUCUCUCAACCAGUGAAAAAUUAUUUGACCCCAAAAAGAUUUCCCCUGGUUAUUAAUAUUUAUUACAUGCCUACAUUAAUUUAUUGUUACCAUUUUUCAUAUCACCAUUGAUUUUUGUUUUGUAUUUGUUUGUAUUUUUGUUCCCUUCCUCACCCCCCCCCCCCCCCC